CUACGAUACACUAUGUCUCUUUGUUUGGGUUUCGAGUUUUCUCACAAAUUAUGGUAAAUAAAGGAAACUAGUGUUUUCGACUCUUUUUUUCAUAUUCUUUCUUUACCAAAAGUAUAGUUCUAGAUCUUGUACCAACUGUGGUUUUGGGACCGUCAAAGUAACGUUCCCUUUUGCAGAUUUAAUGCAUCCAAACAUCUUGUACUUUGAAACGUGAUCCCAUGGUACAGUCUGCUACACCUAAAGACGAAACGCCGGAUGAUGUUCCACAGGGGAGCUUCUUGAAUUCAUUCAAGAGAACUACGAACCUUGAAAAGCCUCCUACAGAUACGAGAGACUCGUUUGCACGAACACCAUCGCAGGGCUUUUCUAGUAGACAAGCGAACCCUUUAGAAUUUACACCACUCUUGAAUUCAGGGAGAAAGAACUCAUCUCAUCAAACAUCUUAUUUGGAUGAAAAAAGUCCCUACCGUCAAGAUUUCUCAAUUCUGUCGCCCGUGUCGGAAAAAGCAUCUCAGGAAGGUAUUAGUAUUGAUCAAAAAAGUGACGCUUUUGAUAUUUCAAAAUUGGAAGAGAGCUCUUUUAUAUCGAAUGCUGAACGAACGAACGAUGAGCUUCCUGCUAAUGCAGCUCUUACUUUACGUGAACAGGAAAAGAUCCUUGAGAAUGUUGGCAGAGAAAACUUUGGUCUACGUGUGAAAAUCGCUUACCUUAAUAAACGUCUUGAUUCUAUGGCACCAGAACAAAUCCGUGAAGCAGUGAACGACAAUGUGGAUCUUCAUGUUGAGCGAACGAAACUGCUUUUACAGUUAAAGAAAAGUGAACAACUACUUACAAAAUCACAUUCGGAAAAUGAUGAUCUUGUUAAAAAAAUUCAGUUUCUUGAAAAGGUGAAUAGCGUCGAACAAUCCCAAAAUAUGAAAGUGUUUAUGGAACGUAUUCGAUCUCUCGAAACCGAAUGUUCUCAACUAAAAGCUCAGCAAGCAAAGUCUUCUCCACCACCAAAUGAGAAUGCAAACCAAGUCGACAUGGAUUAUGAUAUGAGAAGGCUUCAAGACCGGUACGAUGAAAUUAACGAAGAGCUUAACGUUGCUCAGGAUAUGCUAAAUGAGAAGGACGAAGAAAUUUCUUCACUGAAGAAGCAACUAGAGGAACUUCCAUCUGGUGAUCGUUCACAUUCACGAAGCAAGGAAGACAAUUCUCAUGUUCAACUACUGAUGGAUUUUGAAGUACUCGAGAAGAAAUAUGAUGAUCUACAGGAUGAAUUGGUUCAUUUGAAAGACGAGCUUCAACAAAAAAAUAACGAACUAGAUUACACGCAGGAUAUUUCAGAAGUGCAAAUGCUAAAAGAGAAGCUACACGAAGCUGAACUUCAUAUAGAGUACCUCAAUAAUCAAAUCCACGACUUUGAAGACAUGAACAAUGAGUUGGAAGACCUCACUAAUCAUAUAGAAAAUAUGGAAAAUGAGAAAAACGAUUUACUUGUGAAGAUUAAGUCUCUAGAAAGCACUAACGGUGAUUUAAGAGAGAUGUCGGCUUCAUUAGGAAAUCAACUCGAGUCUUUUAGAAACAAAAAUAUAUCUUUGGAAGAGAAGAACAAAAUGCUUGAGUUGAUGUCGCAAUCUAAUGAUACGGAAAACAUUCUGCGGGAACUGAAUAUCAGACUAGAAACGAUAACUGCUGAAAUGACUGAUUUACGUAUGAGAUACGAGUUGAAUUUAGCUGAUUUAGAUUCUUUAAAGAAAGAAAAAAUGAGUUUGCAAUUUGAGAAUGAAAGACUUCGAGUGGAUACUGAAGUCACUGUUGGUCAGUUGAACCAGGAUAUUGAACAUGAAAAGGCAAAGUAUGCCCAGCUGGUAGAAAAUUCGACGAGAACUCGAAAUUCGUUGGAAGAGAAAAAUGGCUCUUUGGAAGUUUCUCUGCAAUCAAAGGAGAAAAGCGUUUUUCUACUUGAAGAGCAAAUUCGGAACUUACGUGCAUCUGAGCAAGAACUAUUGACAAGAUUACAUAGCGGGCAGGAAACUAUUUCAAAUCUAAGAAAAAAUUUGAAUAAGUUUGAGCUUGAAAAAGAAGAGCUAAGUCAAAAAUUGCGUGAAAGAGUGAUUUCGUCUCCUGCUAAAAGCAGUAAUCUUAUUGAUAAUAUGAAUGAUGAAUUAAGUGUUCUUCGAAGAGAAAUUUCAGAUAUUAAAGACGAAUUAGAAUUGAGUGAACAAGACCGUGAGGAAGCGUUAGCAGCGCAAGCAAAAUUAACAUCACAGGUCGAUCAAUUGAGUAAAGAGAGACAAAAUAUGAUGUCGGAAUAUACGAAGCUAAAAGACGAGCUUUUUCAGUUGCAAGACCGAUAUCGCAGAAAGGAGUUGGAAGUAUCAGAUUUAAAUUUGAAACUUUCGGAGAAAAGAACAUCCGUAACUAAUGUUGAAGAAAUUGAAAAACAGAGGAAGAAAUUAGAUAUAUUUGCUGAAGACAUUCGACGUCUUGAAGCUGAUAAGAUGAAUUUGGAAAAAGUGGCAUACCAAUUGAGUAACGCUAUACAGGAGUCGGAAGUCAAUGAGAAUUCUUUUAAAGAAAGGUUCUGUGCUUUUCUUCUAGAAAGACCGUCAUCGAUAACCUUCGAUAAAGUUGUGACCCAAAUUGAAGACUUAAUCAGAAGUCAGAAACAGAAAAUUCAAGAAUUGCAAGCGGAAAUUGACAAACUUAGCUAUGAGAGUUUGAACGGCCAAUUUGCGACGAAGGUUGGAUUAUCUGAACCUGAAAAGCUUGGCAUUUCUCCUCUUGAUAAACAUAAAGUUCAGGAAAUGCUGGAAAGUUAUCGUGAGCGGCUUCAUAAAGAGGUAGAAUCCAAGUAUUCUCUCAAAGCUGAAUUACAGAAUUUGAAGAAGGACAGUAGAUCAUACUUCGAGAAGGCAAGACUGCUAGAGAAAGAAAAGUACUAUCUGGAGUCCGAAUUAAUGAGAAUUAAAUCUUCUAGCAAUUCUAAUUUAAUAAACGAUGAAGAAAAAAGGUUACUACAUCAGAAGGUGAAAGAUCUAGAGAAGGAAUUACGAAUUGGUGCCCAACUUUGGACUGAGAAAGAGAACUUGAGAUCUCCUAAUGGUGAUCGACAUACCCUAGACUCAAUGAAAGAUGCCCUUUAUUCCAAGACCAUCAAGAUGGAACAACUAAAGUCGCUAUAUGAGAAACUGAAGUCAGAAUAUAACAUUUUACUGAGAAAUGAUAAAGCGGAAUACCCACGAUAUAACGAGUAUGAUAAGAUUUCUGCUGGAUCGCAAAAUUUACGAAUAAAACCUACUUCAGAAGUUAAGGGUUUAAUAAAGAUGACGCAGUUUUUACAGUCAAAGUUUGAAAGGGAGCAUACUCUUCGACUUGAUUUAGCUUUUUCCAAGAAGUUUAUAUUACUUCAGCUAACUGGGUAUGAAACUUGUAACAAACUCAAUCUACGUUUGUUGCAAAAGAUUGGCAUUACGCCAGACAAUGCGGUGAGAAAGAAGAGAAUUUCCUUUAAGAGUGUUACUAUAUUAAUAUGUUCUGUACAACGAAUGAAGCGAAUGAGGCAUGAUUGGCAGAAGCAAUUGGAAGUAAGACAAUCUUUACAAAGAGCAGCUGAAAAAGCGCGUUUGGAGGCUAAGAAAAUUAAUGUCUAAUCUAUAUGUUGAGUCGCAUGAAUGUAAUAUCAAUUUAUGAAAUUUAAAUAUGGAUAAUAAUUUAUUAAAAUUCAUUAAUCUUCGUAAACAUUAGAGCUUAUU